CUGGCCCUGGGUUCUCUUUACCAUGACGCUUCUUGAUCCCCUGUGCCUUGUCUCUUUAUCUCCCACUUCGGGUGUUUAGAAAGGUGGUCACAACCUACUAAAAUUGAUUUCCCAACUCAGCCCACUCGUGGGCUAUAACCUGCAGUUAGAUAAAAGAAAAUUAGAAGAUACUGAGGUGACAUUGGCUUUUUUUUUUUUUUCAAUCAUUGUGCUCUUUUAGAUUUAAGGCAUCAAAACUUAAGAAGCAUUAAUUUGGAACAGGUCAUGUCCCCAAUAUUCUGGUGAAGUGUUUUAUAUGAUGUAGUUCUAGCUAGCUGGAGCCUGAGGUUAGAGGGAAGAGGGUGAAAGGAGGUGGGAAGUGAUCAGAAAUGAGACUGGAGACAUACAUAAGAGGUGAGAUGAGGUACCUAGGGGGUUUAGACUUGACCCUAGACUUAGUCAUCAAAGAGCUGUAAGCUGGGAGGUGGACAUAGUCUUAGGUCCUAGGACUGGCUGUAAUGUGGAAAAUGAAUUGGCAAGGGUAAGACUGGAAGGACAAAGAUCACUCAGAGGCUUCUUGCAGUAAGCUAGACAAGAGGUACAAUAAAACAGUGGCCAUGAAAACAGAAGACAAUAGAUUUCAGAUAUACUAAAAUCAGCGGGGCUGUUUGGGAAUCUGAAAAUUUUAUGGGGUUUGUUAAAUCUUCUACCAGCUUACACAGGAUUCUUUGUUGUAGUCCUCAAAGAUCAUCACAGUGCUUCAUUGCCUGAAUUUUUAGAGUUGGUUCUAGAACCCAGUGAAAUCCAACUAAAAUAUCAUUUCGGCACAGCUCUGUUACCUCUAAGAUGUACUCUAGACUCUUGGAUUCUAAUCUCCCUAAACUUCAGAAGUGAUGACCCUGCCUUCUUUUUUCCCCUCUUUUUUUCUAACAUUACCAGAGGGCAAGAACUAAAAUUCACAUCUCCAAUUUCAGAUAUUGAUUGUCAUACAGGCACUCUGAAGUUGCUCAUACUGCUAGGCUGAGGUAGAAGAGCAGUUUUCCCCCCUUUUGGAAGGUUGUAUCUAUGUAAUGUUUAAAAAAGGCUUAAAAAUGGGAGAAAGAAUGUCUUGAGUUUCAAAAACAGACCAGGAUCACAAGAGCUUUAACUUUUAAACAGUUGAUUGUUGGGACUGCUUUGAUUAUUGGGUACUCUUUAAUCCUGGUUUGGGGCGGGGGAGCGGUUCAUGCAGUGUGUUCUUCUCUGCCUGCUGUUGACCAUUGCAGAAACAGCAUUCAGUAUUCAGGAUGAAUGCUUAACAAAUCUGGGCCUAGUAUGCAUAUGUUGCAAAUAUCUGGAGUUUGUAAACUAUGCGGAGUCUUCCCCCUACUGUUCCAAAUCAUUGGAAAAUGUCUGCGAAUGGAAAAAGGCAUGUAUUUAAAUCUGUUUUAAUUCUUACCUGUUGUAGUUGAGAGAGUCCUUGAGAGCCAGUGGAAAUACUUUUUUUUCUUGGCACUAAUCAAGUGAGUGUUCUCUUGUCACUUAGUGGGAUGUGUUGUUAUUCCUUAGUAUAAAAUACAAACCUGUGUUUAUUCUCAGACAUUUCAGGAAUAACAGCCAUCAUUUUAUUUUUAUAUAUGUGCUCUUGGCUGUAUUCAUAAAUUACAUAUUUUGAGCUACCAAAUAAUAUUUCAGUCAAUAUAAAUUGAUACAAUAGAAUGGAAGUUAUUUACUUAGAUACGUCUUCUAGUUGCCUUUUCUCAGCCUAUGUAAGACUAUUUUGUUGUAUUAGCCUGAAUUUUUGAAACUCACAGUAUUAUUGUUGCUCUACUAUCUACCUUCAGAUUUCAUUUAUUCAAAUAAGUCAAUUAUGUUUGUAAUUGGUAUUAAUAAAACCAGAAUAAAGUUCGUAUCUAUCAAAAACUGCUUUUAUUAUUAUUAUUUUAAGUUUGCAGAUACUUUCUCUAAAUGGGAAGAGCUGGUUUAUGAUUUAGAAAGAAGAGUGUGAUAGGUCAAAAAGUACCUCAACCUUACGUUUAAUCUCUCAGCUGACAUAUAAAAUCUUAAGGAAUUUUCUUUCAUUCAUUCAUUCAUCCAUUCAUUCAUUUAGCAAAAACCCACUGAGCUGCUUCUGCGUGCUGGCCAUUGAUGUAGGUACUGGAAAUACAUCAGUGAACAAAAUUGAAAUAAACUCCUGCCUUCAAAGAGCUUACAUUCUGGUAGAAACCAAUAUGAUAUUUAAAAUAUGCAAUUCAAAACAAUUAGCACAAUAGAAAGAAAUUGCCUCAAAUAUGAUAUAACUAGAUAUCAGCCUUGUUGACCUUAGAACAUUAGAGCUCUUAUUCAUUAUAUGUUACUUUUGCCUUUACCAAAUGUUACCAUUUGCCUUUACUUUCUUAAGAAUGAUUUACAUGACUUUAUAUCUUUUUAUUGUGGUAUGUCCAGUUGUCACUGGGGUUUGCCCCAUCAAGCAGCAAAGUGCAACAUUGUUAAUAGUCAUUCAGUCAUUAGAUUAUGAGCACCCCUAUUCAGUCUUCUGUAUAACCAGGUAAUGUCCCUUCUCUUUUGCAAAUUAGAAGACAUGGUUAACAGUUAGAUUUUGAGGGAUCAGAUUGUACCUGUUUUAGAACAGUAUAAAAUAUUUUUUUCCUUUAUAUAAGUAAUGUAAACCACAUAAAAUUAAGAGGAAAAAUCAAGGGAGAAAAUUUAACUUUAUAGCAGAACUAACAUAUCUAUGAAACCCUAAUUUUCAAGAGGUGGUGGUCAGUCUGAUUUUACUUCCAGGAAAAUUUCCAUGCACCAAAAAAGGAAUGAGAGGUCUACAUGUUUUUUGUUCCAUUGAAGUCCAGGAAAAUAUAUGAGCCAUUCAUACUUCACUGUUUGUCUGCCUACAGCUUCUUGUAAGCAGGCUGCCUGGUGAGUGAGGCAUGUUCCUAUGGUUAGUUAAGAUUCCUUGUUUCCCCUUUGGUUUAUAUGUCAGUGUUAGUCACAUUAUUCUUGCCAGGACUACAAACUUUUGAAAAUGGUUAGAUAAUUAGCUUUUAUAAAGAGAGAGGAAAUAAGAGCAAAAAGUUGAAGAAGCUAUGCUAGUAUAGCCAGGUAUUUCUGAAACUUGAAUAAUCUAAAGCAUGUUUAUACAACAACGUUACUUGAUGUGUAACAAACCUAAAUCUAGGUGUAAACUUGUUAUUUGUAGAUCUCAUGUGUUAUCAAACAAAAAUAACUGUAAAAUACUUUUAUGUACUAAUAAAACUAAAAUUCAGAAAAUCAAGCUAGCAUUCCUUUAACACUAGAUGAUGUGGUGUAACUGAAACUUGCUUUCCAAACGAGAUUCUGAUAUUGACUGCUACAGUUUGUUAUUCCUACCAUGUGCUUUGUGAUAAAACUUUGGGGUUACCUUUCCCUACUUGAACUAACCUUUAUUUAUAAGUGGUCUCCAUGUGGUGUGACUAUUAUUUUUGUAACAAUCAAAAUGACUAACAUUUGUUGAGUGCAAGCUCUUAGGCACUGUUUUAAGUGCUCUGUUUGUAUUUUUUCAUUGAACGCUCACAGCAAAUCUGUGAUGGAGGUACUGUUAUUAACCCCACCUAACAGAUGGAGAAGUUGAGGCACAAUGAGAUUAAUUUGUAUAAUGUCACAAAGCCAGCAGGUGGUAUAUUGCCCCUUUAUGAACCGUCAACCCACCUUUGAAAAAUGUGGACAAUUGAAGUAAGAUUUUGGCAACAGUGUGAUUAUAAACGGUCCAAUGCAAUAGCCAAAACAGAGCAGUACAGAUGGAUGUUAUGCUCAUACAUGUUACUUCUCACAGUAGGAAAACACAGGUUUUAAAAAUUCUUGCAGAUAAUUCAUGGUGUCCUAAGGUUAUAAACACGUGAAAAACGUUUGAUUUGGAAGUCCCAAGGAAGAGUUGACAACAGGCGUCAAAACAUUUAGAAUAGGCUUUUAUUGUCAAAGACUCAGUUCACUCAAAUCUUUAUAUAAAUGAUGGCAUUUAUUGAACUACCGACUCCUCUUGAAGUAAGUUUGAAUUACAGAAGGAAUUUACAAAGUAGAAGUACUUUUUUCUGCAGUAAAAGGUUAAGGAUGUGGCUUACCAAAAGGAGGCCAUAGAGCGUCCAUUACCUAUGGCUAAGUGUUCUUAGAGAUGACAAAGAGGAGAUGGGUUGUUUAGAAUAUAUAAUGUAAACGUACGAAAAAAGCAUAUGCAUAUGAAGAAAGCUAAAAAUAGAAAAUGAGAGAUCAGAGGGUGCAGUGAGUAACCCAGGUAAAUAUAGUUACAUCCGCUAAAUAUUAAAAUGAGCUGUGAACUUCCUGGCAACUAUGGCAAAAAGGUAAACACAGUGACUUUGUAGACUUUUCAAUGUCUACUGAAGAGAGGAACACCAGGUCCUAGUUUUGAAACCUAAAUUUACAUUAAAGAAGUUCUGUUAGUGACUUUGGAUAAUAAGCUCUUACCUUUCCCUUAGCUCUCUAUUCAGUUAAAUAGAAAUGUAUCACAUAUCUUCCACAUACAUGUGAUAUAGUCCCCAGACCCCUCCUCCAGGAAUGAGACACCCAGCCCCUCCCCCAGCUGCCUGGAGCAACGAUUGGUGACAGCUGCCAGUUGAAUUCCUUCGCCCAAGGGAGCUGUCUCCCCCAAGGUAAGGCUCCCUCUCCAGGGAAGCCUGAAUCCAGUGACUGGUCCGUGCUGAAAUCCAAAGGAACAGUUUCCUUGCCCCAGUUCAGGACAAAUCUGAAGGUUCAUCCAGUUUCCACACCUCACUUUGGGUUAGCUGAGGCCUUUGGUGCAACUGUGUCUUCGUCAACGUCUUCGUCCGCCCAACCCUGUUCCGGUCAGUCUCUCACAGGUAUUCGUUCUCAAGAGCCCUCCCCAGUAAGCCUGCUGCACAGACUCCUCAGUCUGUUUCCUGGGACUCUCUCUUUUAGCAUUAAAGUAAAAUUAGGAAUAAUAAAUAUAAACUGCUUAAGUCUCAGCACACAGUAAGUAGGCACUGAGAAAAUGGUAGUUAUGGUUUUUACCUUCAUUGCACAGGACAUUGAGCCACAUAUGGAAAAUGUUUGCUUUUUGUAGACAGUACAUUUUUCAUAUGGCUAUUGCUUUUAGCAGUCCUCGUAAAGGUAAGAGUAAAAUAUAAAAAUGUUACCAAAUGAGCUAUAAAAAGUAUUAUGAUUGCCUGAAUUUCUUUCUAACAACUUUCUAAAUAUGUUCAGGUUGCCUACAGACAGAUGUAUACACUUAAAACAUGCUUAUUUUCAGGUUUUUCAUAGAGUAUUUGUCAGCAUAUGAAUAUUUGUUCUUUUCAUGCAUUUAUGAUCUGUAGUUUACAGCAUGUAAAUGCAAAAACAAAAAAACAAAAACAAAACCACUUUUUGAAGUAGAGUUGACCCUGAACAACAUAGGUGUUAGGGACACUGAUGCCCUGUUCAGUCAAAAAUCUGGAUAUAACUUCUGACUCCCCAGAAACUUAGCUACUAAUAGCCUGCUGUUGAUUAGAAGACUUACUGAUAACAUGAGCAGUGGAUUAACGUAUUUUGUAUGUUACAUCUAUUCUAUACUGUAUUCUUACAACAGAAUACACCAGAGGAAAGAAAUUGUUAUUAAGAUGAUCAUAAGGAGGAGAAAAUACAUUUGCAGUAAUAUAUUUAUUGAAAAAAACCUUGUAGUUCAAAUCCAUGCUGUUCAAGGGUCAACUUUAAGUCAACAUUUACCUUUUUAAAGAACACCUGACUGAGUCUUGACCCAGAUUCAGGGGAGACUAAUAUUUGUACCCAGAUACCUUCAUGGAGGAUUUCUAAUAACCUUACUUCUUAGAUGAUUUUAUCUAGAUGUCACAGCCAAAUACGUAAAAAUUACUAAUGGAAGGAAUUUGUAUUAUAGAUUAUCUUUUCAUUAUAGAUGGUAGUUUUUAGUAAAAAAAAAAAAAAAAAAGACUACAAAACUUUCAUGAAAGGAAUAAAGUGACCUGUUUUGGAGGGGGUGGGGUAACUGCUCUGCACCAUUUCCCUUUUAAACACAGGUCUUAUCACCAGUAGAAAGUGCCUUUGUGUUUGGGAAGCAAUGUGAUGUAAUGGUAAAGCUGUGUGAGAUGUUAUUGUAAUGUGUAUGCAUGCAUGUGUACUUCUUAAAUUUUAGACAUGGUUGAUUAUGGACCAGUUAGUGUGCAAUUCAGGGUGUUUGUGUGGGAGGCCUUUAAAGGUGAAUGAUUCUCCCCUGCUGUCCUAGAAAUACUGUAGCUAAUACUCAAAUAUGUUUUUUUUUCCUCACAUAUUAGUAAAAGUUAACAUUUUAAAUAAAUAUCAUCUGAAUACCACUUUGAGAUGGUGCCCGGGGUGUGAAGUAAACGGAAAAUCUAACGGAAAUGCUAAUAUAGCAACUUUAGAGGUGAUGUAGGAGGUCAGAUGAAAACAACCUACCUAAUCCAGGAUAAUUCUUUACCAGACAACUGGUUCCCACCACCUUCCCCCCGCCCCGCCCCAUCUAGAUGGGAAGGAGGUUGUAGGCAAAUAGUGGUAUCUGACUGUCUUUGAUGACUGUAAUGUAUCUGUUGCUGCUUAUGUCUGGAAUAGUUAAGUAGUUCACUAAAGCCCUAAUGUUUUUACCUGUCUUCAUGCCUGGAAGGAUUCUUGUAUCCCAAAGAAGUCCUUAAACAGGACUACGCUUACUAGGUAUGGCUCUUAUGAUAUUACUGCCAAUAGGAGAUAUGAUUUACCUACAGCAUAGGGUUAAAAACUUUAUGGUCAUAUGAAUAUAGUUCCUUGAGCAAUGGAAGGUGUUUGUUUUUGACAAUUAGUAUUGUCCUCCUGGAGGGUUUUUUUUCCGUUCAUAACCUGAAUGGACAAGACCCUCAUCAGCUAGCAUGGAGGAACCUAGAAAACUUGGAGGAGUUGAUCCUCACUGAGAAUCAAAAUUUGCUGAAUUAUUUGUUCCACACAAGAAUCUCUCCCCGAUGAAGACAGUACUGACCAGUUGUAGACAAAAAAGUGAGUCGUUCAUAGCCAGAUUCGGAAUGCAGUGCAAGUCAAUAGAAUUCAAUCCUGGACAGUUCCCCACAGAGACUGGGGCUCCAGAGAGCUGGUUCGAUGCCCAGAACUGAAUGCUGUGCUCCAGCUGUGGCCUCACCGGUGCUGAAUAGAGAGGAAGAGCCACCUUCAUAGCUUACAUGAGCUGGAGUCAGAUGGCAGCACUAUGGAGGAGUAUUCACAGGAGGACUGGGGAAACCACAGUCAGGAUCUCCAUGGCUAUCCAACAGAUCAGGAAUUGGAUGAAAUACCUGUCACAAAGAGAACAUUAAAAAUAAAACAAGAGUCUUCUGAAGAAGCACAGAAGAGAGACAUCAUGCAAAAUAUUGUACAGAUUUUGGAAUCAGUACAAUUGAAAUGGGAACUGUUUCAGAGCUGGACAGACUUUUCAAGGCUGCAUCUUUCUAAUAAACUGGCCAUUUUUGGAAUUGGUUAUAAUACCCGUUGGAAAGAGGAUAUCCGUUACCAUUAUGCUGAGAUCAGCUCCCAGGUGCCCCUGGGCAAGCGACUCCGGGAGUACUUCAACUCCGAGAAGCCCGAGGGACGGAUCAUUAUGACCCGCGUGCAGAAAAUGAACUGGAAAAAUGUUUACUACAAAUUUUUAGAGAUCACCAUUAGUGAAGCUCGGUGCCUGGAGCUGCACAUGGAAAUUGACUGGAUACCCAUCGCCCAUUCCAAACCAACUGGUGGGAACGUUGUUCAAUAUUUAUUACCAGGAGGCAUUCCCAAAAGUCCAGGCCUUUAUGCCAUUGGUUAUGAAGAAUGUAUUGAGAGGCCCCCCUCACCCCACAUGGAGCGACGUUCCCUAGACCCAGGAAAGGAGGGCCGGGUUGACUUGGAGACCCUGUCAGCACAAGCCUCAUUACAGGUGGAAAUCGAACCCACCCGAAUAAUCUAUUGCUACCUCGGGAUUGCUGAGGUCAGGACUCUCCAGCAAUGCUUAUUUUUACAUUUCCAAGCAAAUACCAAAACCUUCAGCAAAGAUUGGGUUGGUAUUAAUGGGUUUUUGUCUCAGAACUGUAUUGUGGAUCCUGGAGUUUCCCCCAAAUCCAUCUAUAUCAAAUUUGUCGAAGUAGAGAGGGAUUUUCUUUCCGCUGGCUCUUUAGUUGAGUGCCUGGAAAAAGCCAUUGGAUACCCCUUAAAAUUUAACAACUGAAUGUCAUCCUUCAUAAGGAUUUGGGCUCUUACCUCCCUCUUCUCUACUCACUUUCCAUUACUCAGACUGCCCCUCAUCCAGAUGCUGCCAUCAGACUCUUCAUGGGAAUUCUUUCCACAAUUGGGCCAGUACAACUUCUACGGAAUCAUACUAGACUUUGGGCAGAAAAAACAGACCUCACCUGAAAAUGCUUAUUUUGAGCAAGCAAGAUAUACAGCGAACUUGCAUGGUGGGUCAACUGUUUCUUUUUUAAAAACAAAAAACAAUUUUUAAAUGGAUUUUAGAGCCCUAAUAUAAACAAAUGUAGGUACAUUCCAUAUUGGACAAAACUUAUACUUUGAGUUUCAUAUGAAAUUGAAAAAUUGUAUUUUUUUCACAAUGUUUCAUUUUUACACAUCUCUAUGUCUCUAUAUAAGUGUUAUUUACAACCCUGAAUAAAUAAGCAAUAGAUAAUGGCAAGUUAAAUCUUGAGUCACCGUAAAUAAGACUGUUUUUCAAUAUCACCCUUAGCUAUAUUGUAUAUAAUUUAGAGUUUCAUUUUUUUCACCAACCAAGUGUUUUGCUAUUCCCGAUCAGUGUUGCCUGCAAAGACCUUUGUUUCUGUGAUGUACCAACUUUAUGGUUGUGUUACCAUUUAAACUUUUUAACAAAGAAAUUAUUAAAGUAAUUCUUGACCUCUUGGA